AUCAUCGUGACGGUCUAUCCGCAUGAAAAGGAAGUACGUGAAGGAACCGAAGCCAUAUUCGAUUGUCGGGCAAGAAGUGAGGACGGGAGUGUUUAUCCUGAGGUACGAUGGAGCCGAGCUGGUGGUCAGCUACCGUCGCAUGCCCACGAAAGUGGUGGACGACUGACGAUCAGUUCCGUGCAGACGUCCGAUUCAGGCAGCUACUUAUGUAGUGCCUCACAUAUGGGACAACUAAAACAAGCACAAGCACAUCUACGUGUUCAGUCUUACGGAGCGCAAGAUGUCCAAGGAGUUCUACAGACGUCGAGUCUGUGUCGAGCAGAUGAACGAGCAUGUGGUAACAACGAAUGUGUUAAGGCUGAUUACGUUUGUGACGGUGAACCAGACUGCAGAGAUCGUAGUGAUGAACUGAAUUGUCCAUCGCUUCGUGCAUGCGAACCGAACGAAUUCAAGUGUAACAAUGGACGUUGCGUGCAGAAGAUGUGGCUGUGUGAUGGAGACGACGAUUGCGGUGAUAACUCUGAUGAGCAACAAUGUCAGCAUAAGAAAGCUUCAGACGGUUGUGGUCCCACCGAAUUCCGAUGCCGCGACGGUCAGCAGUGUGUGCUGUCCAGUUUCCAGUGUGAUGGCACAAACGAUUGUCGCGAUGGAUCCGAUGAAGUCGGAUGCGUACAACCGACCGUUGUUCAAGCACCCGAAACCAAUAAGCAAGUUCAAGCGGGUGGUACGUUCCAGCUGACGUGUCGAGCGGUCGCCGUUCCUGAGCCGUACAUCAACUGGCGUUUGAAUUGGGGACCUGUUUGCGAUCCACCCAGAUGUUUACAGCAUUCCGAAGGUGGUCUCGGUACACUCACCAUCAACGACGCUCAACCACUUGAUCAGGGUGCAUACACUUGCGAGGCUAUCAACGUGAAAGGUCGAGUUUUGGCCACACCAGACUGUAUCGUUCGUAUUGUCAGUAUACCAUCACCAACCUACGAGCCAAGACCACAACCGCAAGUUCACUGCGAUCCAGCUGGUUCAAUGAGUCAACAGGUCGGCUACGGUGGACAAUGUCAAUGCAAACCUCUGGCAACGGGUCCUUCAUGUGGUCAAUGCGUACCCGGAUCAUAUCAUCUAAACAAUAAAGCACCACAAGGCUGUCUGAAAUGUUUCUGCUUCGGUGUCACCGAUCAGUGCAGAUCAUCAUCAUGGUAUCGAUCAAAGGUUCGAUCUAAACAAUUACUUCAUUUUGCCACAGCCUCAAUUAAGUGA